CUCAACACUGUCUAAAAGUUUUAGCGCUUUUUACACCAUUACACAUAAAUAAAAUAAUCUAACAUGAAUUAGAAGUAAAGAGUAGUGUAUCUUUAAGUUAUAGUGCUAUUAUUAGUCAAUAAUAACCAUGUAUAAGCCAGCAGUAACUGUUCGUCGAAUCGAUAAUUUGAUUCGCAUUUUGAGCGGCAGAAAAUCAAUUUUAGCAGCUAAUAAUGUGAGGGCAUAUUCUAGCGAGGCUAAAGUGACCAUAGGAGACGUUAGCAAGGAGAUUGCUAGUGCAAAAAAUAAAGAAUACGUGCCAAGAAAGUACCUGACAGUAGAGAAUACAGAAUUAAAAUAUUUAUCACAAAGUACACUUAAAAACUUAAGAUGGAUGAUGCAGAAGGAUUUAUUAGGACAAGAUAUGUUUUUACUUGGUAGACCGGGACCAAGCAGGAGAAAAGUAGCUCUACAAUAUUUGGAAUUGACACAGAGAGAACUAGAGUAUGUAGCUCUGUCUAGAGACACUACAGAAGCAGAUCUCAAACAGAGAAGAGAGAUUCAGAGUUCUACAGCUAAAUAUUUUGACCAGAGCGCAGUCCGCGCGGCAAUGGAGGGAAGAGUGUUAGUCCUAGAAGGUAUAGAGAAGGCAGAGCGCAAUGUGUUGCCAGUGUUGAACAACUUACUUGAAAACAGAGAAAUGCACCUCGAAGACGGCCGCUUUUUGAUUCCCGCCGCUAGAUAUGAUAAGUUGUUGCAGGAGCAUGGCCCAGAAGAAGUGUCGAAAUGGCGACUUGUUCGUGUAGACGAGAACUUCAGGGUGAUAGCGCUAGGGCUGCCCGUACCGCGCUACUCGGGGCAGCCGCUGGACCCGCCGCUGCGCUCGCGGUUCCAAGCCAGGGACGUCGCUGCUGCAGGUUUUGGGGAGCACUUAACAGCUCUAAAGGAGGAGGCGCCUCAAGUGGACCCAGUGAAGCUGGAGCAGCUACUAUCAGCCGCGUACGCCCUCAUCAGCCCUGAGUUACAACAGGUUCGCCUGCCUGACUUCCCCAUCGACAACUUGCACGUUGCAGCACUUAUAUUGGAACGCAACCCCAGCAUACCAAUCCACAAGCUACUCUACCUCCUAUACCCAUACAACACAUUCCUAACCAAAGACCACAUUAAAAACGUCCAAGGCGUACUACAUAAUCUUAAAAUUAACACUGGACCAAAAUGGGAUAUAAAUCUCCAAGACGUGAAGUUCACAGGGAACCAAGCGUUAGUGACUAUGGAGAUAAAUGGUGAUAAGUCUCAGUUUGGCGUGCCGUGUGGUGGGAGUGUUCGGGGUAGGACAGAGAAAGGCGUGGUGAAGACAGCGUAUCAGAGUGAGCUGCUCAAUGAGUUGCUGUUGAGUCAUAGUGUUGGAGACUUCUGUGUUGUUGGCCCAAAAGGUUGCGGGAAAAGCCUCGUUAUAUCCCAACUAGCAUCCUUGCUGGGCUACACAGUGGAGCCUAUAGUUCUAUAUCAGGACAUGAGUGCUCGUGAUUUGCUGCAACAACGGACCACGUUGGACAACGGAGACACAGUGUGGAGGAACUCUGCUUUAGUGGACGCGGCGCUGAAAGGACAUCUAGCUGUCUUGGAUGGACUGCAUCGAGUGCAUGCUAGCACUGUAGCUGUCUUGCAUAGAUUGGUUCACGAUAGAGAGUUACAAUUACACGACGGCACGAGAUUGCUACGACACGACAGAUACGACGCACUGCUGGCGUCAGGGUUCACACAGCAGCAAUUGGAAGAAAGUGGUGUGAAGAGGAUACAUCCGGCUUUUAGAAUCGUGGCGUUAGCAGAACCACCGGUCCUGGGCCGCAGCCAGCAGUGGCUGUCUCCAGAGAUCCUCAGCCUGUUCAUCUUCCACGAGAUGAGGAACCUCAGCAAGACGGAAGAGAUCUUUAUCAUCAACACUUUGUAUGGUGACAUAUCAAACCCACUGCAUUCCAUAAUCAACCUAGCGGACGAGCUAAGAAAAUCCGAAGAUAGCACUUUAAAAAACCUAUCCUCAUCUCUUUCCACUCGCCAACUCUUACGAAUCGCUAGUAGAAUGGCCAAAUACCCCACGGACUCCGCUUAUGAGACCAUACAGAGGACAUUCUUGGCUAAAUUCUUGCCUAAUUUAGCUAGAAGAGCACUAGAUGGCGCUAGUCAAAAACUCGGUAUAGAACCUCCAACAAAAGUGGGACUGUUUGGUCGAAACGCCGAAUCUACCGAAGGAAAAGUUAAAAUUUCUGUCGAAAACGGAGUACUGACUAUCGGAAACACUACUACCGAAAUUUUCAAAACAAACGCUCUAACCAAAGUUCCUGACAUCCUUUUCUACGACGUUCCUCAACAUGUGAAGCUUCUAGAAUGGUUGCUUCAGGACUUCUUACUUGGGAACCAUUUGCUUCUCGUCGGGAACCAAGGUGUUGGCAAGAAUAAAAUAGCUGAUCGCUUACUGCAGCUACUAAACCGACCUAGAGAGUACAUACAACUACAUAGGGACACUACAGUUCAAUCUUUGACUGUUCAACCUACUGUGAAAGACGGCGUCGUUAUAUAUGAAGAUUCUCCAUUAGUGAAAGCUGUUAAAUACGGCCACGUUCUUGUAGUAGAUGAAGCAGAUAAGGCCCCAACACACGUUACUUGUAUACUCAAGACUUUGGUAGAGAAUGGGGAGAUGAUUUUAAGUGACGGUAGGAGAAUAGUGCCAAAAGACAUGCUAGAGAGUUCUGGGGGAGAUAAAGAGAGCUUCAUACCAGUGCAUGAUGACUUCAGGAUGAUAGUGCUGGCUAAUAGGCCCGGAUUCCCGUUCUUAGGCAACGACUUCUUCGCUUCUUUAGGCGAUCUAUUCUCCUGCCACGCGGUAGACAACCCGUCAAUAGAGUCAGAGACAGAGCUGCUGCGGUCAUACGGUCCUGACGUAUCACAGCAUGUGUUGAGGAAACUGGUGCAAGCGUUCGCCACUCUACGUGAUAUGGCUGACCAGGGCCAACUCACAUAUCCAUACUCUACUAGGGAGUUGGUCAACAUCGUCAAGCAUUUGCAGAAAUAUCCAGAAGAAGACCUAGCGACAGCGAUCGGUAACGUGUUCGACUUCGACCGCUACAGCAAGGAUAUGGCGGACACAUUACUAGAAGUGCUACAUUCCAGCGGACUACCAACAGAGGGCGUACUCGAAGGACGCUCCAAAGACGCCCAAAAGAAGAUCCAAAUGACCAUUGAGAGAGAUAGCGGCAAAGACGUGUCAUCCCCAAAGCACGGCAAAGAGGACCCUGACAACAAGCCGCACGUGGGCGGGAAUACCUGGGCGGGCGGCACGGGCGGCCGCGACACCGCCGGCCUGGGCGGCAAGGGCGGGCCCUACCGCCUGGACAAGGGACACGAUGUGCACCAGUUAUCAGACGCUGAGAAGAACGACGUCCCCGAGCAUGUGAAGCAGGCAGCUCGCGAGAUGAACAGGAAGGCUUUUGAAGAACGAUUGAAGGAGAUCAACAUGAGCGAGUAUGACGCUAAGCUGUAUGAACAGUUCCUUAGAGCGGUGCAACCACAGAUUGGCGCUCUUCGCGGGGUGCUAGCAGAGCUCCAAGCUAAGAAGAGGGAGCGUCAGUGGACGCGGCACCAGACCAGCGGCGAGCUGGACGAGGGCAAGCUGGUGGAGGGGCUGGCGGGCGAGCGGGCCGUGUACCGGCGCCGCACCGAGCAGCAGCCGCCGCCCGACGCGCCGCCUGACACGCCCAAGCGGCUGAGGCUCGUGCUGGACGUCUCCGGCAGCAUGUACCGAUUCAACUCCUACGACGGCCGUCUAGAACGUUCCAUGGAGGCAGUGGUGCUGGUAACGGAGGCUCUGAAAGGCUUCGAGUCCCGGAUCAGAUACGACAUCUACGCACACUCCGGGGAAGAGGACGCGCUAGAGCUCGUCCGGGUAGACCGCCCGCCUGAGAAUGAGAGGCAGAGGCUGCAUAUAAUCCGCACGAUGCAUGCGCACGCGCAGUUCUGCUGGUCGGGCGACAACACGCUGCCCGCCGCCAAACACGCCAUCUCCACCAUCGCCAGUGAGGACGCCGAUGAAGCUAUUGUUCUCAUUCUUUCCGAUGCUAACCUUAAAAGAUACGGCAUUCAACCUGAGUCAUUGGGCGCCAUUUUGACGUCUGAUCCGAAAGUACAGGCGCACGUUAUAUUCAUCGGCAGCUUGGGAGACGAAGCUAGCACGUUGCUGCGUCGCCUGCCGGCGGGUCACGCGCACGUGUGCAUGGACGUGGCGACGCUGCCCCACAUCAUGCAGCAGAUUUUCGCGUCCUCUUUACUACAGUAAUACAAUACAGGUCUUAUUAGGUCAAUUAUUAGCUCAUAGAAAGCUCGAUGAGGUAUGGGGUAGUUCAUCUUGCGACGGAUGUACCUCUGACUACCCCAAUUUGGACAUAGUCGUGAGCUUAUUGUUAUGUUAUAAAAACCUUCUGCUCACCCUAUUAGAUAUCAUGGGCGUGAUUUUAUAUCUUAUCGAGAUUAUUUUUGUCACAUUCCCAGAGUUAUUAUGAUCUUGUUAUGUUUUAUACUCGUAAUGUACCAUUUUUAAGGAAAAUACAUAUUACAUAUAUGUACAGUCAUAAGCAAUAUACGUAUAAUGUACCCACUUUAGGACUCUGUUGAACUAACAUAUUUGACAUUUAGUGAGACUUACAGUGCAACAAAAAAACAUCAUGUGACAUGGUACCAAAGUGUAUGCAUAUUGAUGUUCGUGGCGGUAAGUAGCAUGUAAAACCGGACCUGUGAAAUCUUCAGGUUGGGUAAGCAAACGGAAUACGCUAGGGAGAUGGUGAUAUAAAAUAUUAUGCCAAUAUAAUUAAUAAUUAUCAAUUUGAUUAAAGUUUUAUAUAAUUACGUGUUUGUAAUAUAUAAUUAUGAAUUGUAAAAACUUUGACUACCUCGUUGAAUGUAAAUGUUGACGGUAAAGGAUAUUAUAUUUUGAAAUCAUUGUCAUAUAAAUAAUUAUACCUAUCUAAGUAAAAGCAAUAUUUAAACUAGUGUUUUUUAUGGUUUGUAUUGUUACUAUAAAUU